GGCUUGGCAGAGGCUGACUCUGAGACUCGGGACUCCCAAGGCGCAGGACCGGUUCACGGGGCGUCUCCCAGGCCGGCCCCUCCCCCUGCCUCCCGAUGCCAUCUCCCACCUGAGGGCCCCCAGCGCUGACCUGCAACCCGCACUUCUCCCGGUUUCCGGUUUCCGUCUGCGCCUACCCAGCCACUCCCCUGCCCCCCAGGCGUGUGGUGCUCACCUCUAGCAUCCAGGUAGCCGGAACACGCGGCUUUCCCCGCCACACCUGCUUCCCUGGGCCUUUCCCGCGGCAGAAACGGCAUCGGCAUCCGCCCGGCCAUGGGGCCAGGAAACUCCCCUCUCUGCUCCCUGACCUCUCACCCAGCCGGUCACACACUGUCCCAGUCACCUGCAAAACCACCGCUCAGGCCAGUCGACCCUGCACCCUGCUCCGCCGCCCUGAGAGUGAGCCUGUCACCUCAACCCCGUCUGAUCCCCGGCUCCUCGCGGCCCCCACUCGCGGCAGAGCAGCCCCCUUCCCCUUGGGGGCCCCCAGCACUGUGGGACUGAAGCCCGCAGCUCCCCCAACUCCUGCUGUGGGCUUCGAGCUGCUUUGCUGUGCCCGCCACGCCUGAACCCUGAGCUGCCUGCCUGCUCUCGGGAUUUCUGCUUGUUCGCUGCCCUCCUCUCUGUAGAAGGGAAGCUGCCCACUUCCCAGCAGGGGCUAGGAUCCCAGGGUCCAAAUCCCACACACAGCCUGCCACCAGGCACAAGCUCAUGUUGUCCGGGGGCAUCCCUCAGCCUGGCAGGGAGAGGCCCAUUCUGGUGGCCACCUGGGGGCCUGGACAGUCACUACAGCACAGAUUUGGGGGGGCUUUCCAACCAGCACCCCCAUGCACACUGUCCACCCAUCAGAAGCGGGUUCAUAGCCAGGCAUGGUGGCACAUGCCUGCAAUCCCAGCAUUUGGGAGGCUGAGGCAGGAGGAUCACAAGUUACAGUGCAACCUAGUCAAUACAGUGAACGUCCCGCCCUGUGAGUGAUGAGGUACUCGGGCAGGACGUUCCAAGGGACAGCUGUAUCAAGAAGGAAAAAUUCUGAAUGGGGGCCCCGUUUUAGCUCUAAACACCCCAGCGCAAAGGACCCAGACGUGGGUUCGACGUUCCGGGAAGUUCUCCCCGUCUCUUUUCCUGCGCGCUGUGCGUCUUGCUGGGGCUGUGACAAGCCGGCUGAGACCUCCUGGGUCGCCCGGCCGCGGGUCCUCCGCCCGCCCCGGCCUCCUGGCAGCGAGCUCGGCUGCUUGUCCUACAGCGCCACCCGCUGGCCAGGCCGAGGCCGAGGCAGCCCUUCGGCCCUUCGCUUCCCGCCGCGGCUCCUCCGCAAGGAUCGGCUUGAGCUCCCAAAGCCCCGCCUCUGCCUGCGGUGCGCUUCCCCGUCCCGGCCACCCCGUGCCCCCUCCAGCCGGCCGGGCGCCGGGGCCGACGCCCUGGGAGCCGGGCGCUGUGGGGGCGCGGCCGUGUGUUUCUCGGAGAUCCCCCCACACGGAAGACGCCCCUGUGCCCCAGCCCCGCCGUCCGCGGCUGGUCUGGGCCCCUGUCCGCCCGGUUCCCGAAGUCCGCGCGGGGCGGGAGGGGCCGCGGCCCCGGGGAGGAGGAGGCGGAGAGCCGCGGCCAGGCGCCAGAGCGGAGCCGGAGCCUUUGGGAAGGCGUCUAGAAGAGCCCGGCGGAGCUCCUGGGCAGCAAGACGGGGCCAGGACAGGCCUCCUGCGCAGGCCGAAGCUACUGAGCGGGCCUGUCUGC